CUGUUCCAACAUGACUGUGCACCAUAUGACAAUAAUCCAAGGCCACUGUUGCAUUUCAGAAGAAGAACAGGGUGAAAGUGAUUCAGUGGCCACGUAUGUCUCCUGAUCUGAGCCCAAUCGAACACCUAUGGGGAGUUCUGAGGAGACAGGUUAAGCAUCACUCUCCAUCCAGCAUCCAGACUCUAAAAGAGGUUGUUCUUGAAGAAUGGAAAAAGAUAGAUGUUGUAAUAUGUCGCCAACUUGUUCAUUCCAUGCCUAGAAGACUUGGUGCUGUCCCUACAAAUCAUAGAUGUAGU